CUCCCUUGGGCAGUGCCUUGUGGCCGGUGACCUCGGCAGCCACCCCGGGGUGUUUGCCCGCGGCAGAGCUCUCACACCCGCGGCAGCUCCCAGGCCGUGCCGUGGGGCAGCCGUUCUUGGUGCAGCUGCAUGGAGAAGGGGGCAGCAACUUUCCUUAUAUUGCUUCUGCCAUGAGCCAGCUGCCGGGGCGGCUCUGGCGCAUCCUGUCAUUGCUCCUGCUGGCAGCAGAGCCAGCUUGUCCCAGCCUGCUGCUGCCGCAGGGCACCCUUGACAUGGUGUGGCUCAGGCCCCUUGCGUAUCGGUGGCAGAGGGCAAAAGGUGCCAGGGAAACCUCUCUGUCCCCAUCAGAGAGGAAGGCUGCUCAGUGCUGCUGUACCGCGGUGCUGGGGCAGGGAGUGAUGGACUGUGCAUCAGUGCGCCGGGAGGAAAUGGCCUAGCCUGGGGUGACACGGGUGGUGGGGCGCAAUGCUCAGCUCUCACCCCACUGCUUCAAGCCCGCUCCCUGAAGCCUGGCUGCAGCAAAGUGAGCAACGUGAGGAGCUGGAGUCCCCGAGCCCCCUGUGUCAUUUACAUACACCUCAGCGGCAGCAGCACAGCCACCCGCGUUCCUGUAGCACUGCAGACCCUCUCCAAAACAGACUCCUGUCCUCCGUGUCCUGCCAUGGCCCUGGGCUUCAUGGUCCUGCUCCUUGUGGGGAUGAUGCAGACAGCUUCCAGGGCUGUGCCUGUGCUGACCCAGCCAACCUUCAUGUUGGUGCUGCCCGGGCAGACUGCUCGCUUGUCCUGCACCCUGAGCCCCCAGUACAACAUCAGUGACUUCGGCAUCUCCUGGUUCCAGCAGCGCCCGGGGCACAACUUGACAUAUCUGCUCUAUUACAACUCUGAGCGAGAGAAGCACAAGGCCACCAAGACUCCUGACCGCUUCUCUGCUACCAAAGACAUCGCCAGCAAUGCCUGCAUCCUCACCAUCACAUCCAUCUGUGAUGAAGACAGUGGCAACUAUUACUGCUCCCUGUCAGCUGCCUUCAACUGGUUUUAGAAGCAAGAGUACAAAAGCUUUUUGCAUUUCCCCUUGCAAGCCUGACACGAGUUAUUCAGUAGGGAGGUGGCAGCCCUAGGAGGAACGGAAAAGGACCCUCUAGUGUGCUGCAGCGAGUCCGGCAGCACUGCAUUGUGCUGUGAGGUGCAGCAACCUCCUGUUCAACCCCAAUGUCCCCCAUGGAACAUUGGACAGGCUGACACAGUGCGAGACCAGCCAGGGCUCGGCCCUGGAGCGCAUUAGCAGGGAUUUCCUGUUGCAGCGCAAGCUCUGCCAUGACCGGGCUCUUCCUUCACUUGGCACAACGUGGGCUUGAUCCAGCUUGGGCUUCUGCGUGGUUUGUUUCACCUGAUAAUAAAGGUUAAUCCUUUGCCACGGG